CUGAUGGAGCGGCUGCAACCUUUUACCACAUACGGCACACCACAUGUCUGAGUAGUUUUACAGAGAAGAAUUCACCUGAACUGUACAAGACUGAGAAAACUUCCCACCAGCCGUCCUUUGCUGAAACUGGGGACAAAGAAACGAGGAGAGGAUGGAUUCUUUUCAGAUGCUUUUUCUGCUGUUGCUCUAUGGAUGUCUUCCAAAAGUGUUAUCAGUGCAGAUGUGUGACGUGGUGAACGAGAUCGAGCUGGAGAAAGAGCGCUGUGAAAGUCACACCUCUGGGAAUGUCACUUCAGGUUGCCAGGGUAUGUGGGACAUCAUCGCCUGCUGGCCAUCAGCCACGUUUGGAGAAGUGGUGACGAUAACCUGUCCGCCAUAUUUCAGUUACUUCAGUGACAAACAGAGAGGGAACCUCUCCAAAACCUGCACAACAGAUGGAUGGACAGAGAUGCAUCCUAUUGACAUCGCUGUGAACUGUGGAUACAAUCUCAACAGCACCAGUGAUGAUGGGAAAUUUUUCUGGCAGGUGAAGGUUGGCUACACCAUUGGUCACAGUGUUUCGCUCAUCUCUCUAACUACAGCAAUUGUGGUCCUCUGCAUCUUUAGAAAACUCCACUGCACAAGGAACUACAUCCACAUGCAUUUGUUUGUGUCAUUUAUCCUGAAGGCCAUUGCUGUGUUCAUCAAGGACGUGGUUCUCUACGAGUUUGGUGAGGUGGACAACUGCUCCCCAGGCUCUGUUGGCUGCAAAGCCGUCAUUGUGUUCUUUCAAUACUGUGUGAUGGCCAGUUUCUUCUGGCUGCUUGUGGAAGGCCUCUAUCUUCAUGCAUUGCUAGCCGUCUCUUUCUUCUCUGAGAGGAAAUAUUUCUGGGCAUACAUUAUGAUCGGCUGGGGAGGUCCAGCGAUUAUCAUCACAGCCUGGAGCAUCGGUAAAGCAUACUACAAUGAUGUAGGGUGCUGGGACAUUAUCGAAACCACCGACGUGUUCUGGUGGAUUAUAAAAACACCCAUUUUAGCAUCAAUCCUAGUCAAUUUUGUUCUCUUUAUCUGCAUCAUUCGAAUACUUCGCCAGAAGAUCAACUGUCCAGAUAUCGGAAGAAAUGAGUCCAACCAGUAUUUGAGACUUGCGAAAUCAACGCUGCUUCUGAUUCCUCUGUUUGGAAUCAAUUUUAUAGUGUUUGCUUUCAUCCCAGAGCAAGUGAAGACGGAAUUACGGCUGAUUUUUGACUUGAUUUUGGGAUCAUUUCAGGGCUUUGUGGUCGCAGUCCUUUACUGCUUCCUCAAUGCUGAGGUCCAAGGGGAGAUCAAAAGGAAAUGGCGACGGUGGCACUUGCAGAGAUACAUGGGCUCAGACACCAAAUACCAACAUCCAUCCAUCGGCAGCAGCAACAACUUUAGCACCCAAAUCACCAUGUUGACACGUUGCAGUCCCAAAACAAGACGGGGUUCGUCCUCCUGUCAUGAAGACCUGUCCUCCAUUUAAGUCACAAAAACAGAGAAGAAGCAGAG